AUGGCAGACCAGCAACAAUACCCCAAUCUCAAUCCUUACAGCAAGUUCGACGGCUCCAACGACACUGCCAAUGUCCAGAGCAAUGUCGGUGGACAGAGCAACAUGACCGAGCAAGCCAAGGGCACUGCCAACAACCUCAUGAACAGUAAGUAUCAGCAGAUCUCUCCUCCAAACAUCCCACAAAAGCAGGUCCCUCCUAACAUGUCCCUCAUAUCAGACGCACAAUCCGCCAUGGACUCCGUCAAGAACUCCCAGACCGUGCAGAACAUCCAGAACGGUCCCGUGGCCGACAAGGCCCGCGCAGAGACCGCUGCGGUCAACAACGAGUUCUCCAACCUCGCCAACUCCCGUCAGACUCCCAACACCCAGACUGCUACCGGCCAGCCUCUGACGCACUACCACUCCAUGUUCUACACCCUGCUCUCGUGGGAGAACCCGCGUGCCACCGCCAUCAGCUACGCCGCCAUUGUCCUUGCCAUCUUCGCUUUCCGCUACCUCCCCAUCGUCCGCUACAGUCUUCGCCUGACCUGGAUCGUGCUCGGUAUUACUGCCGCGGCCGAGGUCGCUGGUAGGGUGGCGUUCGGCCAGGGUAUGGCUACCAAGAUGAGGCCGAAGCAGUACUACACCAUCCCUCGCGAGACUUUGGACAGCAUGAUAGGUGAUUUGGAGCAGCUGGUCAACUUCUUCGUCAUCGAGUUCCAGAGGAUUCUGUUCGCUGAGAAUAUUUCUGCUACUAUUGGUGCCUUCGCCUCGGCCCUUACCACCUACUUUCUCAUUAAGGUCACUCCAGCCUGGGGUCUCGCUCUGCUCUUCACAACCGUCAUCUACUUCGUGCCUUUGAUCUACAUCAGCAACAAAGAGCUCAUCGACUCUCACCUCGAGAACGCCGGCAAGAUCGUCAACGAACAGACACAACAAGUUCGCGACCUGGCUUCUCAGCAUACCAGCAAGGCCAUGGAAGCGAGCCAGCAGACUUUCAAGCAGUACUCUGCCCGUGCCUCUGAAAUGGUUGGACAGACCAAGGAGAAGGCUGUGCAGCAGGGUGUUGCUGCUAAGGAGCAGGCUGUCAACCAGGGUAUUAUUUCUCCUGAGACCGCCGACAGGACCGAGGAGAGCUUGAGGAGCGCGCCUAGUGCGCCUGCUACUGAGCUUCCUGGUCAUGCUCAGGAUGCGAUGCAGGCUGAGCACCGUACUGCUGAGCCUGUUCUGCAGUAA